CCUCCCCCCCUUUAAUCUGAAGCGGAGGGAGAAUGGAGCGAGCGAGCGAGCGGGCGAGCGCCGGGGACACGGGGAGGAGGGACAGCAGCGCCUCCGCCGGCUGCGGCUGCGGCGGCGAAGGGCCGCUCCGCCCCGGCGCGCCGCCAGGGGGCGCCCGUCGCACCGCCCCCACGGGCUGCCAGGAGGCGCGGCCGCAGUCGCCGCCGCCGCCUCAGUCAUGGCUCCUCGUCGCGGCCGCAGUUGCUGCACCUCCGUCUGCGGAAGCCACGGCACAGGGCCCCAGCUGCUCCAAGACCUGUGGCGGCGGCGGCGGCGGCACACGGCACUGCGGCAGGCGGGAGCGGGCCCUUGCUUCGGCUGAGGCCCCUGUGGCUACUGUCAAAAUGGGCAAGUUUAUGAAACCCAGGAAGGUGGUACUGGUCCUGGCUGGACGCUACUCCGGACGCAAAGCGAUCAUUGUGAAGAACAUUGAUGAUGGUACAUCAGACUGCCCCUACAGCCAUGCUCUGGUGGCUGGAAUUGACCUCUAUCCCCACAAAGUGACAGCUGCCAUGGGCAAGAAGGAAACUGCCAAAAGGUCUAAGAUCAAGUCUUUUGUGAAAGUUUGUAACUACGAUCACCUCACGCCCACAAGAUACUCGGAUAUCCCCUUGGACAAAACUGUCACCAACAAGGACAUCUUUAGAGACCCUGCUCUGAAACACAAGGCCCAAUGGGAGGCUAAGGUCAAGUUCCAAGAGAGGUACAAGACUGGCAAGAAUAAAUUGUUCUUCCGGAAGCUGUGGUUUUAGAUCUUUUUUGUUUCAGGCAUUAAAAAAAAAAA